AGUGCGGCGGGAAAGGGCGGUUGGGAUCGGAAUCGCGGGCGGAGGACCCUGCGUGGGUGGAGGCCCCAGAGCGGCGGGCGCUUCUUGGGUCCCGGGCGCCGCGGAGAGCGCAGCGCGAAGGCAGCACUGCAGACGGCGGUCUGCGGGGUCCGGGCCUCCCCAGCCCUUGCCCAGUCGGCGAGGCGAAGUCAGCGAGUUCCUGCUGACAUCUCGAAGCAUAAAAGAUGACAACAGCAGCUCGGCCAACUUUCGAACCUGCGAGAGGCGGGAGAGGAAAAGGAGAAGGUGAUUUGAGCCAACUCUCAAAGCAGUAUUCAAGUAGAGACCUACCCUCUCACACAAAGAUAAAAUAUAGACAGACCACUCAGGAUGCCCCUGAAGAGGUUCGGAACCGUGACUUCAGAAGAGAAUUAGAAGAGAGAGAGAGAGUUGCUGCAAGAGAAAAGAAUAGAGAUCGUCCAACUCGAGAACAUACAACCUCCUCUUCAGUGUCAAAGAAGCCUCGGCUAGACCAGAUUCCUGCUGCCAACCUCGAUGCAGAUGAUCCUCUAACAGAUGAGGAAGAUGAAGAUGAAGAUUUUGAAGAGGAGAGUGAUGACGAUGAUACUGCAGCUCUUCUUGCAGAACUAGAAAAAAUUAAAAAAGAAAGAGCUGAAGAGCAAGCCAGGAAGGAACAAGAACAAAAAGCUGAAGAAGAAAGGAUUCGUAUGGAAAACAUUCUGAGUGGAAACCCUCUCCUUAAUCUCACUGGCCCAUCCCAGCCUCAGGCCAACUUCAAAGUUAAAAGAAGGUGGGAUGAUGAUGUUGUUUUCAAGAACUGUGCAAAAGGUGUGGAUGACCAGAAGAAAGACAAAAGAUUUGUUAAUGAUACGCUGCGAUCUGAAUUUCACAAAAAGUUCAUGGAGAAAUAUAUUAAAUAGUACAGUUUUAUGUGCUUAAUUAAAGACUCUGUAAAUGAUCA